CCGAAGGCUGCGGACGUAAAGCGACAUGUCGGCCGUUGCCAACCUCGCGGGCGCGUCCUCCCGCGCAGUCGUCUCCACCCGCGGCGCCUCCCACCGCGCCUCCUCCGCCCGCCACGUCACCCGCGCCGUCCCAGCCUCCUCCGCUGCGAGGACGACGAUCAUCAAAUGCGUCAGCGACGAGGGUUCCUCGCGGCGGCAGGCGCCGAAGCUCGACCGCCGCGCGCUGUUCACCGGCGCCGCCGCCCUCGCCGCCGGGCUCCCCUUCGCGCUCGAACCCGCCCCGGCGCGCGCGGCGUUCGACGGCAGCGACAGCAAGAUGGUCGGCGCGUACCUUCCCGCGGGCCCCGACGGGUUGUACGUGUUCGAGGCGAGAGCCCCGAGGACCCCGGCGCUUCGCGCGGGCGCGCUCGAGCCGUACUCCAUCCUCCUCCCGCCCGAGUUCAAGGAGGCGCCCGUGUCCAACGCCCGGUCGGGCAACUACUGCCAACCGCGAUGCGACGAGGCCACGACCGAGGUGCAGUUCGUCGAACCCUCCGCGGGGUCGCUCCAGAUCAUCAUCAUCCCAACCACCAAGCUGCUCAUCGCCAAGCAGGACCCGACCGUCGAGGACGUCGGCACCAUAGACGGGAUACUCAACGCCAUCUCGCCCGCCAUCACCGGGUCCGUCGCCGCGGAGCCCGAGGAGGUGGUAUCUGCGUCGACCAAGGUCAAGGACGGUCGGUCGUACUACGAGUACGAACUUCUCACGCCAUUCGCGGAGUUUGGCCUGCACAGCGUCAGCGCCGUGUCCACCAACAAAAACUACGUGAUGAUCGCGACGAUCGCGGCGUCUGAGAAGCAGUGGGCGAAGAGCGAGGCGGACCUCAAGAAAGUCAUCGACUCCUUCCGCGUCUGCGUCAAGUGAUGAUGAUGAUCUAUUGAUGUGUCAAGUAAGAGGGGGAGGUAGAGAGAUAGAGAGGGGCGAGGGGCGAAUACGACGGGGUCGAAAUAGACGGGGUCGAAAUCGAGACCCGAAGACGACCGCGGCGAGAGCGUCGAGGACAAGUCAUCACACGUUAAACGACAAUAUUAAACGACGACGUUUCACAUCC